AAUUCAAACGCGCCGUAGCCACGGUGUAGAAAGUAGAAACAAUAUAAACUACCAAGAAAGUAACAUCAAGACCGUAAAACUCACACACGAGUCAACACACCAUUUUCGUUCUUAUAAAUAACUGAUCAUAUCUUAGUUCAAUUCAUAAUGUUUUCUUUCUCAUCCAAUCUUACAAACCAUUUCAUUGAUUCCACAAGAGUUAGUUAUGGCGGAUCUAUUCAGUGGAGGUGCGGUUGGAGCUUUGAUGGGAGAAACUGUGAAAUAUGCACUUCAAACAAUCAAAAAGGGUCAACAAUUUCGUCCCACACUCGAAACCAACAUCGAAACUUUAGAUGCUUUGGCUCCAUUGGUUGAAAAAAUGAAAGGUUUCAACGAUUUGUUGGAUCGACCGAGCGAAGAGAUAGAGAGGUUAGAGAAACACAUGAGAGAAGGUAAAGAGAUUGUAGAAGAAAGUAAGAAAUUUACUUGGCGGAAGAUUUUCUCAUUUCCGGGUCAACAAACAAAACUUAAGAAACAAGAUGAUAAACUUAGGAGAUAUUUGUCUGUUGAUGUUCAAGCUGAGAAUAAAAGGGAUUUGAUGGAUGUGUUGACUAAGGUCAAUGCAAUUUUUGAGAUUUUGUUGAUAAAAGAUAAGUUGGGUCAGUUUGAUGAUGGGAAUCAAAUUAGGGGUUUGUGUGGUGCUCCUGAUGAGCCUCAAUGUAAGGGAAUGGAUGAGUCUUUAAAUAAGUUGAAGAUUGAAAUGAUGAAGGAUGGUGUUUCUGUACAUGUAUUGACUGGUUUGGGUGGAUCAGGUAAAAGUACUCUUGCUAAGAAGCUUUGUUGGGAUCCACAAAUCAAAGGCAAGUUUGGUGGAAACAUCUUCUUUGUUACCGUCUCAAAAACUCCCAACUUGAAGAACAUUGUACGGACACUAUUUGAACACUGUGGACUUCGGGAGCCUAAAUUUCAUAGCAACGAAGAUGCAAUUAAUCGAUUAGGACUUUUGCUGAGGCAAGUUGGUAGAAAUCCAAUAUUAUUAGUCUUGGAUGAUGUUUGGCCUGGCUCCGAAGGCCUUGUUGAGAAGUUCAAGUUUCAAAUGUCAGAUUAUAAGAUUUUGGUGACUUCAAGGGUUGCAUUUAGAAGAUUUGGCACCCCAUUCCAAUUGGAUCCACUUGAUCUUGAUCAUGCAGUGUCCCUUUUCCAUCACUUUGCUCAAUUGAAUCACAACAGCUCAUACAUGCCGGAUAAAAAUCUUGUCCGUGAGAUAGUGAAAGGUUGUAAGGGUUCGCCGCUGGCGCUUCAGGUCAUUGCUGGAUCACUCUGUAAGCAGCCUAUUGAGAUAUGGAAAAAUAUGAAGGAACAUUUUCAAAAUCAAUCCAUUCUGGAGUCUAAAAGAUAUUUUCCGAGUGAUAGCACUGACACUGACUUGCUUUGUCGCCUUCAACAAAGUUUGGAUAUGUUGGAGGAUAUCAAUGAGAAGGAGUGCUUUGUGGAUCUAGGGCUAUUUCCUGAAGACCAGAGGAUCCCUGUUACUGUCCUCAUCGAUAUGUGGGCGACACUGUAUAAUCUAGAUGAAGAUGGUACACAAGCAAUGGCCAUUGUCCAUAAUUUAAACACUAGGAAUUUGAUUAAUGUCAUAGCUACAAGGAAAGUUGCAACAGAAACAGACAUGUACUACAAUAACCACUAUGUAAUGAUGCAUGAUCUCCUCAGAGAACUAGCGAUCCAUCAAAGUAAAGGAGAACCAUUUGAACAGAGAAAAAGAUUGACCAUUGACUUGAAUGGAGAUGAUCGUCCCGAUUGGUGGAUAGGACCAAAUCAGCAAGGAAUCAUUAGUCGUAUGCAGUCUUUCGUAACUGGAUUGUUGGUAAAACAGAAGCAACUAAAGGUUGCUGCCCGUAUAUUGUCUAUAUCAACUGAUGAAACAUUUUCUUCGGAUUGGUGUGAUAUGCAACCUGAUGAAGCUGAGGUUAUGGUGUUGAAUCUCCGGUCUGACCAGUACUCAUUACCAGAUUUCACCAAAAAAAUGAUUAAACUGGAUAGUUUAAUAGUCACGAAUUAUGGUUUCCAUUGUUCUGAAUUAACCAAGUUUGAGCUACUUGGUUUGUUAUCAAACUUGAAAAGAAUAAGGUUGGAGAAAGUUUCUGUCCCUUGCCUAUGCCCAUUGAAGAAUCUGCAAAAAUUAUCCCUUCAUAUGUGCAAUACAAGGAAUGCUUUUGAAAGCUGUUCUAUCCAAAUUUCAGAUACUAUGCCAAAUCUAGUGGAGUUGAGCAUUGACUAUUGUAAAGAUUUGAUUAAAUUGCCUGAUGGAUUGUGUAACAUAACCACAUUGAAGAAGCUCAGUAUCACCAAUUGCCACAAUCUUUCUGCAAUGCCUCACGAUAUUGGAAAGCUGGAGAAUUUGGAAGUGCUAAGGCUUUGUUCCUGUUCUGAUUUAAAAGAGAUGCCAAAAUAUGUUGCAGGCCUUAACAAGCUAUGUUGUCUCGACAUCUCAAACUGUGUGAGUCUUUCAAAAUUACCUAAAGAUAUUGGUGAAUUGCAAAAGCUUGAGAAGCUCUCAAUGAAGGGUUGCUCAAACUUGAGUGGAUUGCCUAAUUCUGUCAUCAAAUUUGGAAAUUUAAAGCAUGAAAUGCAUGUGAUCUGUGACGAAGAACGUGCUGCCUUAUGGGAACAGUAUCCCAACAUUCCCAAUCUAAGGAUAGAUAUGCUUAAAGAAGAUAUUAACUUAAAUUGGCUUCAUAGAACUCGUUCCUGAGUGUUGGAUCAUGAAGAUAAAGUGACUUGAAGUCUUGUUGAUAUUUGUAAGCAAUGUUGCUACACAUAUGUUUUGAUUCAUAGAACUUGUAACAAUCUCAAAAUAAUUAUCAUAUAUACUAAAUAAAUCAUACAUGAGACAAAUUAUGCUAUUGA